UCACGGAUUGAAAAUUGAUGUGAUAAGACGUAAAAUUAUUAAAAAGUUUUUGGAAAAUCAUUUUUAAGCUAUUAAAGUUUGCCAAGUUUAUAUAAUAAGGAAUGAGCACCUCAACCACAACUGAGAGCAUUGAACUCCAAGAUUUAAAUCUUGAAGGACAAAAUUCAAAUCUUCAAGAAAGCCCUAAGAAUCCUGAUGCUAUAUCUACAACUGAAAUAAUAAUUGCAAUAACAGUUCCGGAAGAAUAUGAUCUCAAAAAGAUAUGUAAAUGUUUCACAUGCUGCAAUGGUAAAUCUAAGGUUAUUGAUUUCCUCAAAUUUAAGAGUGAGGAAAAAUUCAUAAACAAAUCAUCAAUUAUCAGCUCUGUUUUGCGAAAAAACGAAAAUGAAAAGUUCUGGGAUGAAGAGAAUUUGAAAGAAGUUAUGAACACGUAUCUCGAAGACGACAAUGAUUGUUUGGAGGAUUUUUUCAGCAUUUUAAUGUUCGAUUGGCUUGAGUAUGAGAAAAAAUCGAAUAAGAGUUAUUUUUUGAGAGAAAAAUUUAAUGCAUUUAAAGAAGCAUUUUAUAAUCCGACUGUUGUAAUAGAAAGCAAUAAAAAUUCAAAUUCAAAUUUACAUGUUAAUAAUGUUCAUCAUCCAGGCUCAUCGAAUACUAAAACCGAUAAGCCAAUCCAACAUAAUUCAUCAGAAAAUCAAACUCAAGAUACCGAACAAGAAGCAUUGAUCAGCGGACAAAAACCAUCAAAUGAAGGGCAAUCGAGUUCAACAUCAGAUCAACAAGGAGGAAGUCAGACUCCCUCAACUUCAGAACAAAUCCCAAAAAGUUGUAAAAUUUUUGAAAAAUUAUUAAAAGUGAUAAAAGACAAAAACUUAGAGCGUUACCACUAUACAUGUUUAAAAAUUAUCUACUACUAUGCUGAUGAAAUAUCAAAAAGUUCUGAUGAAGAAAGGACAAAUUUUAGUUUGGAAGUACAUAAUAUAAUUACAAAAGUGCUAAAGAUCGAGACCAAUGAUGAGUAUAAAGUCAAAAUUCUUAAAGUUUUAGUAAUAUUUUUGAAAAAUGUUGACACUUACCCUAAUACGAAAAAAAGCAUAAAAGAUUUUUUAAUGCAAAAACAACCUCCAAAUGAAGAUUCAAUUUUUUAUGACCUCAUGCUGGCUCACUGUGACCGUCUGUACUUCAAUCUCGUAUUUUCAUUGAAGGAAGAUUCAAUUCUAGAUUUUAAGGAUGAUUAUAAGAACUAUAUUAAAACUUAUAAAGGAUAUUUUGGAGAAUACUGGUCAUUUGCUAUUAAGAAAAACGGACAAUUGCUUUAUCUUUUGACGAAAAUGUGCGGAUUUGACGAAACUGGAAUGUUUAUUUUAAAUGAAACAGAAGAAGCUGUACUUAAAUCAAGCAUUACCUCUCAUUUUACGGAUGUUGCUGAGUUUCAAGCAAUAUUUAACAAACCUUUUAAUAAGAGUGAUAAAGCCAAAUAUGAGGAACUUAAAACCUUUGUCGAUAAAAAUUUGUGUACAAAACAUGAGAUUUAUGUCGAUUCUAUUAAUUCAGAAAUUUUUGAAAAAAAAUUCAAAAAUUCAGCACAAGUUAGACGGCUUCUUUUUGGGAGAGAGAAUUACGAAAGUAAAAGCAUUUUUGAAGAAAUUUUGUCACAAGAAAUUUUAAAAUAUCAUGUUUCGAAUUUUGAUGAUCUAUUAAAUUACAUCUGGAAUGAAUUUAAACUUUGGAACAUUCCUCAAAUAUUAACUUUGAAAAAUUCACUUGGAAUGCGCUAUAUUGACUAUGUUUUUAAAUUUUGCCAUGAAAAUCAAAUGAUUCAAUUCUUAAACAUUGAAUAUUCAAAAAUCUAUAAAGGAACUCAUAAGCCAUUGAAAUGUAUGAUGUUAAAGAGUUCACUACGUCCGAUUAAAUCAAUUAAAGAUUCCAUUUAUGAUGCAAAAGGAACGAAUAAUAAUUUUGAUGGUUUUAGAGUGCAAAAUUUUGCUAAAACAAUCAUUGAUUUUCAAUGUAUUUUAAUAAAGGACACUAAGGAAAAUGAUGACUAUCAAUAUGAAGCGCACAAUUUAUCAAAUAUUCUAUAUCUCCUUGAAGAAAUGCAUCAAUAUUGCAGUAGCAAUACUGAAAAUAAUCGAGUUAUUGAGGAAGUUUUUAACUAUAAACCUACGAAAGAUUUUUAUUUCCUGGUCCCAAAAUUUUGGUUCACAUUGGGCUUAAUGAUGAUUCAUUGGAACUAUUAUAUUAAAAUUGAUAAAGAUCAAAUAUUAAUUUUUCCAUCAAAUGAUGAAGAAUUACCAGAAUUAACAUCAAUUUGCACAAAAAAUCCAUUCUUAUAUCUUAUAUCUCUGAUUGUUACAAAAAAAUAUGACCAAUUUUUGAAAGAUUUUCCGGAAAAAAUUAAAGAAAGUGUAACCAAUUAUAAAACUAGUGCAGAGUCCAAAAAGGUAGAUGUUGAACACGUUACAACAAAUUUUUGCUUCGUAUUUCUUUAUGGAGCAAUCAAGGCAAAUCAAAAGGAAAUCGUCAAGCAAAUGUUUGCCUUUAAUAGUUUUGCGGUCAACAUUCAUGAAUUUCCAUCAAAUAUGAAUCCAGAAGAGAUUCAUGAAUUUAUUUUAAAAAUAUAUCUAGAAAAUAAAUCUCAAUUUGGAAAGGAUGUAGAGAUCCCUGAAGACUGGAUAACGUACAAGGUGUUCAAAGAAUUUCUAGAUUCUCGAAUCACAAAUCAAGGAAAUUUCUACAAAAUUAAUUGUAAAUUUCUCUUGCCUCUCGAGUCUCAGGAUGAAACGCUUGACAAGAAGGAUGAUAAUGCUGUAUUUUAUGAAGAUUAUCACACAAUUAAGUACAUAUUGGGUAGCUAUAAGCUCAAGUCACUCAUAGCACAUCCAGUUAUGGAAACGAUAGUGAGGACUAAAAUUGAAAAAUAUGAUCGAAUUUUCUUUUGGAACUUAAUGCUUUUCAUCAUUUGUUAUAUUAUUCCUACAAUUUUCAUAGCUUAUAUCUUACAUUCUGAUAAAGAAAAUGCUGAAAUUAGUGAAGCUGCAUCAAGAACUAUAAUAUCUUUUUCAGCAAUCAGACUUGGAUUCUUAUUUACAAGAGAAUUUUUACAAUUAAUUGCAGUUUAUGGAUGGAAAAAAUAUUUUAAAAAAUAUUCAAAUUAUAUUGAAAUUUCCUUAAUUAUUUUAUGUAUGACUACGCUUAUUAUAUUUUAUAUAAGUCAAGUGACAUUUUAUAAUUUAUUAACAACACUUGAAUCAUUAAAUAUUGCUCUUACGGUUUUUUCAACACUUAAUCUAUAUUUGAUAUUCAAAUUCACAAUACACAUCAAAUGCUUCUUCAUGGCAUUUAAAGCUUACUUUUUAAUACUUUGCUUUUUGCUGCCAUUAUCAAUUGGAGCCAUUUUACUGAUUUUCAUAUUAUUUAACAAACCAAAUGAAGGAAAAAUUGAAGAUUUUCAUCAUUUAAACACCACAAUUAUAAAAUAUUUUAUAAUGUAUAAUGGAGAACUUGGCAUAAACGCGUCUGACUUAAUCGGAAUAGUUCAAAUUAUAACUAUCGCUAUAGUCAUCAUGUUUGCCAUCACAAAAUCAAACUUGAUUCUAGCUAUUGUAUUAGACGAUGUCCAAAAAACUAUACGACAAGCUAAAGAAAUCACAUUGAAGAAAAAUGCACAGAAAUAUGUUGAUUUUGCUGAGAAAAUUGAAAAGCUUUAUAAUAGUUAUUCAAAUGCAUUGGAUGAUUCCAAAGAUAGAUUUUCCUGGACACGUUUGCAAAUUCGAGUUAUCAGAUUUUUCAUAGGCAAAUAUAAUCACAUACACAAAAUAAAUUACUUUCAUUUGGACAAAAGAACUAGAAAUGUCUAUAUCAAUGAACAAAAGCCGCUUUUUGGACAUGGAUUUUUUUCGUUAAAAUUUUGGCGUUCUGAUGUAAAACUAAUUCAAUGGCUCUCAGAUUUUAUUGGUUUAAAUUUGAAACUUGAUUCAAAUACAUUUGAUGAAAUUAAGGAAAUAGUUGAAAGGAAAAUUGAAAAUGAAAAGGACGAAGAAAUUGACAAGUUAAAUAACGAAAUCAAAAGUAUGCAAGAUGAAAUCAAUAAUUUGAAUAGGGCAACACACGCACGCAGCCAGAAGGGUUUUGUCCCCCCCCCCUUAAACGUUUUGAACCGCAGCAAGAGCACGACCUAA